UGAAUAUGAUACCCAUCUCAAUCUCAAUCUCAAUCUCAAUCUCAAAAAUUAUAUAUAAAUUCAUAUAUUUACACCUAUAUAUAUAUAUACAUACUCUCUCAAAAAAUGAUCAUACCACACAUAUGUACAUAUAAAUGGGAAGAAAAAACAUUGAAGUGGAAGGUGCAACAUCUUCAUCAACUGAAUGUUGUAUGUGUGGGGAUCAUGGCGUCUCUUCAGAGCUCUUCUUAUGUGGCGCCUGCGGAUUCCGAUCACAACACAAAUAUUGCAGCAAUUUGUACCCCGGAGCUCAAUCGUACGACAUUUGCAACUGGUGCAUCAACCGAAAAGGGGAAGAGACGACAAAAUCGUUGCAAAAUUCGUCCCACAAAACGGGUCAUCGCGAUGUGAUGAAGAUCAAAAAGGGUAAGAUCGACAUUAACCAUAAAGAGAGAAGAACAAUUGAGAAGGGAAGCAAGGGGCAGAAUAAACCAGCGGUGGCUGCGCCGCCGCCAUUGGCCGGAAGGAAGAGGGUGACGAGCGAUCGCGGCGGGGUUUCGGGUGAGAGGAGGAUUGUUAAACCAGUUUUUAGAAAUAAGGUGAGAAGGUAUAAGCUGUUAGAUGAAGUCUCCAGCUAAUGAAUGAAUCAACACAUUAUUCUGAAAUUUUGAAAGUAAAAUUAUCAAAUAAAUCACGAAAAAUUGGUCAAAUUCUACUGAGCUCCAUGUUUUUUAAAAUCUGCAAAUUAAAUCACAAAAAAUGAUAUUUUGUAAUUAUUUCAUCUACCUUCUUUUUGACGAAAUAUGCGAAACAUGUAUUAAUAUAGAAGUGAGGCAAUAUAGUCAUAACAUUUCCACAUAUUUAAAAUCGGUUGCCACGUCAUCUCAUUCUCAUAUAUUAUUAGUCGGAUGAGGUAAUUGCGAAUUUUUUUCAAUAAUUUAAUUUUUAGAUUUUGAAAAAUGUGAGAGCGAUGAAGAUAUUACCAUCUAUUGUGAUUUAUUCCACAAUUUGACCACAUUUAAAUUUGGACAUAUAUUUCCUCGAAAUUAUUUGAUGGAAAUGCGUGGCACUGCAGCUUUUAUUAAUCAAAUACUUUGUGUGGGAAAGAAAAUUGUAAACUUUGGUUAUGGGGUCGACUUCAAUAAUGACCUCACGUUUUGAAUAUUUCUUUUGGAUGUAUAUUUUUGUGACUAUGGUGAUACUUGUAAAUAAAAAAAGUCUCAACAACUAUAUAUAUGAUGGCUUCCUACCAUCUUUAUACAAAGGGAGGUUGCUUUGUUUU